GAGAUUAAAAUUGAUAAUAGAGACAAUAAUAUAGACGAUGAUGAUGAUAAUGAAGACAGUGAUGACGAUGAUAGUGAUGAUAACGAGGACAGUGAUAACGAUGAUAGUGAUGAUAACGAGGACAGUGAUAGCAAUGAUAGUGAUGAUAAUGAAGACAUUGAUAACGAUUAUAGUAAUUAUAACGAAGACAGUAAUAGUAACUAUUCCUAUAAAAGAUUACGAGAACCAAAUAAUUAA